AUGAGCGCUCUCGUCGCGUCCUCCUCCUCCUCCGCGCGCGCGCGCGCCGUCGCGUCGAGGAAGGCAGCCCUCUCGACACGUCGGCAGAUCCGCCGCCCCGUCGCCGCGCGCGCGGCCGCGUCCGGGGCCUCGGACGCCUCCGUCUCGCGCGUCGACGCCUCCGCGGCGUCCCUGCUCCCGCCCCCGACGCCGUCCACCGCGUCGCUCGUCGCGACGGUCGCGGCGAGACCCGCGACGAAGGCGCCGGCGGUCGCGUCCGACGACGUCUCGCCGUUCAUGGCCUUCUGCCGCGCCAACUGGGGCUACUUCGCGGCGUUGCAGACGAUCGCGCUCAUCGGCGCGGCGAACAACGGCAUCCUCGCGAAGAAGCGCCGUCUCGAGAUCGCGGAGAUCAACGCGAAGCUGCGCGCGAUGAUGCAAAAGUACGAAGAGCAGCAGGACGCGUGCGAUCCCGACGGACCCGCGUCGAGGAAGCUCUCCGAGGGAAAAAGAAAGCUCAAGGAGGACGACCUCGACGGCGCCGUCCAGGCGUUCAACGAGGCCGCGUUGCUCGUCGAGCGAGGCGACGACGCGAGCGCGCUGAGCGUCGCGAAGGGCGUCGCGACCGCGCUGAUUCGCAAGGGCGAUCUCGCCGCGGCGAUCGCGGUGUUGGAGGCGAAGGACGUCGUCGACGCCGCCGUCCGGGACGGAGACGGCGCGGUGUACGGGAUGCUCGGGGAUUGUUACACCGACCGCGGGGAGUUCGCGACCGCGGGGAAGUAUUACGACAAGUGUCUGAGCAUGGACUGACGGACACGCGCGGACGACGACGACGAGGCGCGAUCGAGCGAGCGAGGCGUCGCGACGCGCGGCGCGGCCGGGGCGGGCGGGUCUCGCGGCGCGCGCCGCGAGAGAGACGACGAGUCUGAAAUACAUCGUUCGUCUGAAUC